UCCAGACAGCGUUCCACUACCUGGACACAGCGACAGACGUGCAACAUGUGGCAAACACUACUCUCUGUGUUUACCUGCUGCCUGAAUGCGAAGGUGAAUAAAGUGUCACCAGGCGAGGAGAAGACUGGGGACGGACUGGCGGAACCACCAGUGAUUCCUAUAACCAGUCCACCGGUCCCCGUGAUGUCCCAGCCGCGGCCGGACAGGUCCUCAGCCGAUAUCCUUGCCGAGCUACGCGAUGAGGGUGUGUUACCCGGCCUGAAACGGCGUGACAAUGCCGUCGCCUUCCAGGUGCCAACCGAGAACCACGGUACUCCCCCGCGCCACCAGGUGAGGCUGAAGAAAAUGGAGAAGCGGAUGGAGGAACGGCGUGAGAAGGUGAAGAAAAUCUGCCCUGAGUCUCGUGGCGACCUGAAGAGGCAGCUGAAUGACGCGGAGGUUAGGAGACAGGACCUCUUGGUCAAGAAGACCGACAAGAUCUCAAAGAAGUCUGCAGAGAAAGCAGCUAGGAUCAAGGCCAGGAAGGAGGCGAGCAAGAAAAACGGCACCGCGUUUGUGAUCACCUCCACAAGCGACUCCGCUGUCAUCGCUACACGAGAAUCCCAGAAGACCAAACAGCUUGAGAAGCGCCUGGAGGCCAGACGAGCGCGACACGCAAAGAAGGCAACAGUGGACGCGCUGGAGACGCGCCAGAACCUCGCCGCUGAACGUCGCAAGGAUCACGUGGUGGCCACCAUCUCUAAGGCCAAGAAGCUCGCCCGUCCACACAAGUUCCCCGCCCAAGAGGAGGCAGCCUGUGCUGGCAACUAAGACGUCUAAGGUGUCCGACAAGAGAGGACGAAGGAACCCGAAAACAUUUCCUCUAGAAAAUGUUGAAAUCUUGCCAAUAUUUUGGUGUUGAUGACUCCUGUGAGUCAGUGCACCGCACAAAAUAACAGUUCUUCUUUUUUUGAAACUUUAAAAAAAAUUAGAAAAAAAAUUGACAGAGUUUACAGAGAAUACUUCUUCCAAAAAAUGUUGAAAUCUUGGCAAUAUCUUAGUGUUGGUGACUCUUGUGAGUCAGUGCACUGCACAAAAGAACAGUUGUUCUUUUUUUGAAACUUUAAAAAAUCAGAAAAAAACUUUGCAGAGUUUACAGAGAACUCUUCUUCCAAAAUAUGUUGAAAUCUUGCCAAUAUUUUGGUGUUGGUGACUCCUGUGAGUCAGUGCACCGCACAAAAUAACAGUUCUUGUUCUUUUUUUGAAACUUAAAAAAAAUCAGAAAAAAAUUUUCAGAGUUUACAGAAAACUCUUCUUCCAAAAUAUGUUGAAAUCUUACCAAUAUUUUGGUGUUGGUGACUCCUGUGAGUCAGUGAACUGUUUUUUUUACAGUGCCUGUUGGCAAUACUUACCACUUUCUUGACAGUGCCCUGUUGGCGUUACCUACCACCAGUUGUUGUAUAAUUGUUAAAUAAAGUUGAUUUUCCCUGUU